AUGGCAGUUCCUACGCUCAAUACGCCGUUUCAGCCAUAUGUGUACCAGAGCCCUCAAGCAGUGCUCACGCCGUUUCAGAUACUGGGAGGGGAGGCGCAGAUAGUGCAGAUUAUACUGAAGCCAGGGGAGAGAGUGCGCGCAGAACCAGGCGCCAUGUGUUACAUGAGUGGUAACAUGAGCGCAGAGACAGCAAUGGAGGAGGGCAGUGUGUGGCGGUGGCUGUCAGGAGAGAGCUUCUUCACCAACACGUUCUUGAACCAGGGACCAGGGGAAGGAUACAUAGGACUUGCAACACCCACCAUGGCCAAAAUACUGCCUGUGGACUUAGCUGUGCAUGGGGGCGAGAUUAUCUGUCAGAGGGACGCGUACCUCUGUUCGCUCAACGACGUCACAGUCACAGCAGAGAUGACUCGCAGGCCCAGAGUGGGUCUCUUCGCCAUGGACGGUCUGUUCUACCAAAAGCUUAAAGGAAGAGGCCUCGCGUUCAUCUCUGGGGGAGGAUCAAUCGUACAGAAGAACCUAGCAGCAGGCGAGGUGGUGGUGGUGGAUGCGGGGAGUGUGUUGGCGCUCACGCGCUCUGUUGACUUCGACGUGCGAUAUGUCGGCUCCAUUAAAAAGGCUCUUUUCGGGGGCGAAGGCAUCUGUCACGCCUAUCUCACGGGGCCCGGAGUGGUUUUCCUGCAGAGCCUGCCCUUCCACAGGCUCGCACGCAGGGUGGAGAGGGCCAUAGCGAGCCCUCAGUUGCGGGAGGCGCCAGCACUGUGGCUGCGACUCAUGCUCUCCGUCCUGCUGCUCUCCAUGCUCCUCGCUGCUCUCUUGCUCGCUCAGAGCCAGCUCAACAUGCUUGACGUCCGGUUUAACCUGCCUUAG